UUGACACCGAGUUAGAAAAAAAUCCCAAAGAAUCGAAAAAUGGCGAUGGAUAAACCCAGUACCUCCACUGAAAAUGACUUUGAUUCACUAACACUACAUGAUAUGUUUAGAACAAUUGGUGAUCAAAUGACACCUCGGGAUGUCAAAGUCUUGAAAUUUAUAUACAGUGGCAUAAUGGCAGAUGAUAUUUUGCGAAAAGUGUACGAUGGUUUCUCGUUUCUUUUAGCGUUAGAGAAAAUGGAUAGAAUCGAUGAAACGAACUUCAAGCAUAUUUUAGAUCUCUUACGGAUUAUUACACGACAUGACUUAACACCUUAUGUCACACUUAAGCGUAGGAAAACUGUUUUCCCUGAUCCUGUAUCAGAAUAUUUAGAGAUGACAAAUGAAACAAGUUUCCAACAAGAUCCAUCACAAUCUCAAGCAAAGAAGAGAAGAAAAAGUUAUACAUAUAAAAAGAAAUCUCGAAGGCAAUCUACCUCUACCAGUACACAAGCUACAACAAAUGAGGAACCAACAGAAAGUCAGAAAGCCAUAGAUGCUAAACAAAAAGUUACAUGUGAUAUCAAAUUACGAGUUAGAGCUGAAUAUGAGACACAUGACUCAGCCCUUGUUAAUGUGACAUCUAACAAACCAACAGAAUUAGAGAGACAAUUAGAACGAUUCACACAGGCAGAUACAAUUCUGAAGUCUAGAGAUAUUGGCUCAAUUGUGUGUGAUAUAAGUUUUUCUGAACUUACUUACCUAGAUGCUUUCUGGAGGGAUUAUAUUGAUGGGUCACUUUUAGAAGCUCUUAAAGGGGUAUUUAUUACAGAUACUUUGAAACAGGUGGUUGGGCAAGAAGCUAUCAAGUUGUUAGUUAGUGUUGAUGAAGACGAUUAUGAAGCUGGAAGACUCAAGUUGUUAAAGAAACUUAAAUUUUGAACAUAGUGAAAAAUUACACAACAGUGCUGAAAAAUUAAAUACUGUGAAUUCAUUUAUUUUCGUGGGUACCAAUUUUAGUGGAUUGAGGAAAAAAUGAUUUUCGUGGACAUUUGAUUUCAUGGAUUUGCAAAAGUCUGCAUACAAGCUGAUAGAAAAUUUAUAUUUCAUUGAACAUUUAUUUAGUGGUUUACCUUUACCUGUAGAAUCCACAAAAACUGGUACCCAUAAUAAUGAAUCCACAAAACUGGUACCCAUAAUAAUGAAUCCACAGUACAUAAAUAAUUAAAUGACAAUGUAAAAAAUAGAUAUGAUAGAUAUUUAUAUAACAGAUCAAACUUGAUUACAAUAGAUGGUUACAAAAAUAAUUACACAAUAAUUGAAUAAGAUAAUAACUGUAAAUUCAGAAACUAUUGUGAAUAUUCUCAAAAGCAAAAACUUGCAUUUUAUUUUAUUAAAUUUCUAUAGGAUUAUUUGUAUGCAGCAUUUCAUGAAAUCGCAAAAAGUAAUCUCUCAUUUGUGUCCAUUGUAAACAAUCAUCAUAGUAAAAGCCUGUAAUAAUAACUUCUGAAUUAACAGUACAUGACUGUGUUGCAGAUAAUAUGUUUGAAGCAUUUGAUUUUCCAAAGUUUUGAUCUCAAAUGUACUUUAUAAAGGUUAUUUAGAUGCAUGUGUUGGGUGCACUAAAAUUGUCAUCAUAUGAAUAAAGAUAAAUGUGGAGACAAAGUUAUUCACUGUCAUCUGGUUAUCAAAUGUUUAUUUGAGGUGUACAAUGUCUAAAUGAUGUUUAUGAUGUUAAGUUGAAAACCUUGAAACAUGAUGAAAUAUAUUAUUCAGGGAUUGCUUGUGAAAAAUUAAGCAUGGUCAAUGGCAAAUAUUUAUGUAAAUUUUAAAAAAAUUGUUAACAUGGCUAUAUAUCUAGUUUUUAUGUCCCAGCAACAAAGUUGUCGGGCAUAUAGUUUUACCCUUGUCCGUCAUUCAGUCAUUCUGCAACAAACAUUAUACGUAACUUUUUCUAAACGCCUUCAGAUAUUGGGCUGAUUUUUGGUAUGUGAGUUAACCAUGAUGAGUUACAGAUCAAGUUUAAGUAUCGUUCCGCUCUGCUAAAUUUUGCCGAAAUUACGGGUUUUGGACUUUGAAAAUUGUUGAAAAUCACAGUUAUACAAACUUUUUUUCUAUACGCCUUCAGAUUUUGCGCUAGUUUUUGGCAUGUGAGUUAACCAUGAUGUGUUAUAGAUCAAGUUUAUGUUUCUUCUGCUAUACUGAUUUUCAUGUUGUUUCAUCACAUCUUGUUAGAUCUGCAGUACAUCCACUUCCUGUUUGCUGAUAGUUUGAAAUUUAACUACUCAUUGAUCAAGGAAAUUUUUCAUCAAACUAAUAUUGGUCUUGAGAGCUGGAUACUAUCCAUGCAUGUUUGUGUCCACAUGUGUUGUUGAAAUUGAUUAUUUUUUAACUUUUUGAGACAGGGCCAUAUUGUCGUUCCGACACAUCUAGUCUUAAUACUGAUAUAGAUACUUUUAGAACUUAGAAGUUUUGAUGUAGCUAUCCAGUCUUGUAUUUGAAGUAUCCAAUUGUUUACUAUAUUAUUAUGAAAAAUUCUGGCAGCCUAGGUUUAAUUUUAGGAGUCAUGAUCAACUAGGCCUCUGCAAAUAUUAAUGCCUGUGUAUUAAUAUGAAUAUGAAAAUUUUUUCUUCAAAACAAUUAAUUAAUACUAAUAUAGAUCCUUUCCUAGCUGUUGAGUAUAUAUUAAGGUACAUUUUAAUGCACCUUGAAACAAAGAAUGAAUACACUAUCAUUUCUCAUCUUUUGUAUGUUUUAUAGUAGAAUUUUGCAUUACACCUUCAAUUGAUUUCACUCGUCAUAAACUACUGUAGAUAAGGAUUAAGUUAUUGCAUUUAAAAGUGAAGUAUUACUGUGUAUAUAAAAUACAAAUUUUUAAACUGUAAAAGUAGAAUUUGUUAUGAUGUCUUAAUUUAGAUUAAAGUACCAAAUCUUACUAGUUAGAUCCAAUAGUUUAACCUAAAAUUGCAGUUCAAGAGUAUUUUUCACAAAAAGUGUAGUGGAAAAAUUAUCAUAAUAUAUAAGAGUGUUUUAGAAUUGGUAACAAAUUGAAUUAAAAAUUUAAUAUCAAACCACUUUUAAAGUAUUCCUGUUUUCAAAUUAAUCUGGUGUUCUGAAUUUUGGUUUUGAUACCUGCAUUUGUCAGGAAAGGCUUGUUAAAUUUGGGAAAAAUUAUAACGGUCAAUUUCUGUAAUAUAACUUUCAGGCCUGCACAUAGCAUCAAUUUACAAUGAAAGUGAUAAAGUAUUCUUUUUGGGCAAGCCAAUAUGGUUCUAUGUCAUCACUUUGGAUUUUAGGAUAAGACAGGAUCCUGAAUAAAGGCUUCCUCCACCCCAAUAAAAAACUAGUUGUCUUCAUACAGCAAAGAGUGCUUAAAGAGGUGUUAAACAACAUCAACCUUUCAAUCAAUCAUUUAAUCAAUCCAUAGGAGAUAUGUAAACAACUUUCAAAAUAUAAAACACCAUUUUAAAUUGUCUUCUACUAACUUGAAAUAAAAAAAACAAACUUUAAAGUGAAGGUAACUGAUUCAAAUUUGACUAAAUACACUUGCUUAUAGUUCAAUCAAAGUUCAUCAAAUAUUAGUCUUAAUAAUUUGAAGUCGAAGGGUAAAAUAUUAUUUUUAAACAGUUGUUAAGCAAUUGUGAUAGUAUUGUACAGUAUUUGUAUCUUAUGUUUAUGUAAAAUACUUUAAUACAACAUCUGUGAUUUCCAAUGAUUUUUUCAAAUAUAUACAAAGGGAGAUAAUUAUUGUUUACUUCAAUGUUGAUUAUGCUUUGUUUGAUAACAAAAUAAGAUCUACAAAAGUGAGAGUAUUUUUAACAAAAUAUCAUGUAUGAACCUUUAAAAACUUGAAAGAAACCUUCCAAGAACUGUUUUGAAAGAAAAAAAACAUUUGUAAAGAAAUGAUUGAAUGUUAUAAUUUACAUGUAUAGAUUUGCUGCUUUUUGUUAUCAAGUUAGAUUGGCUGAUUCACAGCAUCAACAGUGCUUUGAUAGUAAUGUUUCAGUGAAUGAAAUACUAGACUUAAUUUCAGUGAGAAAAUUGUGCUUGCCAUUUGAAAAUUGUAAAAUGAAUUUUGAAAUCAGAUGAAACUACCAAUUGAAAAUUCAGUCUAAGUUAAAUAUACUUUGAUAAACUUAAAUUUGAAAUAAAAAUAUAACUAAACAAACAGUAUACAAAUGCCAGAUUUUUUUAAAUGCAAUAAUGAUGUAUAUAUUUAUAGCUUAAACAUAAUGGUAAUUUUUACUGUUUAGUGCCGAGUUUUUAUCAUUUUUUUUUCAAAUUCAAAAUCAAGUCAGGAAAAAAGACACAGUCACAUCUACAUUUGAUACACAUGUAGGGGGAAAAUAAAAAGUAAAUAAUAGUUUUGAAGGAAGUCUGUAUUUUUUUUUUCAAAUGAGGUCUGCUGAACUAACAUUAUUUUAUUUGUAAAUGUUAAAUGAAGCAAAGGAUAUUCCAGACUUGUUGGUUGUUGUCGUGACUUAAAAUUGAAUGUGAAAUUUGUAUUGUUUUUUCACUUUUACAUUGAUCAACUAAAUGAAAUACACAUUUAAUGUAGUAAAGGGAGAUAAUCCAUUGUUAAUUUCUGAAGGUAUCCACUUUUGUAGACUAACUUUUAAUCUUCAAGAAUGAUUUAAAGAAAAAUUCUUAUUUUUCAAAAACAUUUUUCUUUUAUCAUGCAGACUUUUGCAAAUAAUUUUUCACACAUGGAUAUUUAUUUUCAGAUUGUUUGCCUUUUUCUUAAAAGUUCAUGCAUAUAGUAAAGUUAAUAUAUUUUUUUUGUGUGGGCAAUUAUUCACAUGGAAUAUAGAAAUUGAUGAUUUGCCCAAGUUAAGAAUUAUUUUUUUUGUCUGUAUACAUGCAAUCUUUUUACAUAAAUUACAUUAGGUAUUUCAUUAAAUAAUAUGUAUUGACCAUAGCGACCCAAUGAGUUAAUUUUGACAAGGAAAUUAUCAAAUGAUUAUUGAAUCAAACAUUUUUAAAGAUUUAUAGACGUGAAACAUACUAAAAAUCGUUUUCAGACUUUGUUGUAGGAUUAUUUUUUUUCUUCGAAUAACUCUAUGUUAAGAAUACACUAUAAAUAUGAAUAACUAUCCAUCAAGUAAAUUCUGCAACCAAACAUUAAUACAUCAUAAGUAAUUUACAGAAAUAUUUUUUUGUAACAUUUUAUACAUUCACACGUUUUGAUUAUUUAAAUGUUAGUAUGUGGUUUUUCCUAUCUCACAGUUUUUCCUUCAUAUCACUUUUUUAUAAAUGGUGAAAUUUCUUAACAUUACUCAAUUUUUUAAAGUUGAAAUCAGAUAAUAAAAUGUCAAUUAAAGACAAUGAGCCAAAAAAAAACAGAAAAAACAUCAGGGGGCAACAUACUGUAUUCAAUAAAAGACAAGUGUCAAUACCAUAAUAUAAGACCUGAAUUGCAAGGAGUGUAGACAAGAUUGAAAAGAACUAAUGGUUAUUUAGAAAUAUGAUGUUAGUACAUAGUGCCCGGUAGUUGAAAUGAUUUAUAAUUAUAUAAACUAGUCCUGUGGUUAAAUCUUGUUGCUUUAUUCUUGACUUUAGCAUUAGAAGAAAGUUUUGAACGACACAGUUAAAGGAUCCUUGUUAAAAAGAAAUGAUAAUCUAUUUAAGAUAUUGAAAACAAAACUCAAAUUAACUUCUUUAAAAAAUGAAUAUAUGGAUUUCACAUAGAGGGGACAAGGCACACAAAUUAUUGUUUAAGUAUAUUGAAGCAAAGAAUUUUUAGAAGUUGUUAUCCCUUAAAUAAAUGUAGAUAAUUUUUUUGAAUUGCCAAAAUGUAGUCUAUAUAUUGUUUUUUUUUAAUAUAGUAAAAAGUAGAGCUUUUUUUCAAGCUACUGGUUGUGCAAAAUUAGCAGAUUUUGUAUAGAUCAUAUAUGGGAAACCCCGUUUUUGUGAUAGAAAGAAAAAAUAAACUAUAGAAUGAAAAGAUAAUAUAUGAGAAAAUAGCUCUCAUGAUGUGCUUUUAAAAAAUAAAGAUGAAAAUUGGGGUCACAGGUCUGGUUAUUCUUGCUAUAAAAACAACAUAGCUAAAUGUGCAACAUAUUCCUUUUUAAAAGUUAGUUCAUCUGAGUUAUCUCCCCUUAGAAGGCCAAGUUGAAAAAAAAUGUAAUCAAACAAAAGCAGUCAAUAAAACACACAUUUUUCUUCAUUUAGAUAAAAAAAAGUUUUACAAAUUGAAAACAUUUUUCUCUUAAAAUUUGCAUAGUUCACUAGAUAAUUUAUCUAAACCAAUUGUUUCUGCUAUUUUACAAUCCAAGAUGGCAGAAGACACUAGUUCUACUUUAAAAAGAAGCAGUGCAGUUAUUUGAUAUUUUCCAUACCUGUUUAAAUCUGUCUUUAAAAUUCAAUUUCUGUCUCUGAGGAGUUUUAUUCUCAACUCUUCAAAAAUAGUGUAUGUAUUCAUAUAUCUAAAUAUAAAAUGUACAUUAUUUAAAUUCCUUGUGGUACAUGACUGUCUAAAGAUAUGGAAAUGUUGUAGCAUAAAUCUUACCAUAAAUAGAUAUAUUUUUUACUUUAUGACACUCAUGUUAUUAGUAGAAAGCAAUAUGACAACAUUUUUUCUGCAUUUGUUGGUAAAAUAGGUAGGUUAUGUUUUUUGAGAAAGCGAUAAAUGAGAAAUAAAAUAUAUGUUAAAAAACAA